AUGCUGGUUGCUGGCAUAACUGGAAUUCACGUUGCUGUCGCCAAAACAGCUGCUGAAGAAACUUAUCACAUCGUCAAAAAAGGCAGUGUUUCAAAACACAACUUUGAGCAUUCGUUGAAGAAAAUGUGUAAAGAAGGUGCUUAUUGGGGGACUGUUGCAGGGGUAUAUGCUGGAAUGGAGUAUGGAGCGGAGAGGAUCCGUGGAACCAGAGAUUGGAAGAAUGCGAUGAUUGGGGGUGCAUUGACUGGGGCUCUCAUAUCUGCUGCAAGCAACAACAAUCGUGACAAGAUUGUGAUGGAUGCCAUUACAGGAGGUGCUGUUGCAACUGCUGCAGAGUUCCUUAAUUAUCUCACAUGAAUUUCUUACCAGCUACUAAGAACAUUGCAAAGCAUUUGCUUUAUUUCUUGAGUUGCAUCCAUUUAAAAGUACAAGCUUGUGACUGAUGAAUCUUAGACUAUUUGACUAUUUUUAAGUGAAUCUAUAAAUUAGCCAUCUUUUUCAAUCAUUUGCUUUACA